CACAAACCUACCUUCGAUCAGUUCCGCUUGUCAACACAUCACAACCUUCAAUCUACCCACAUAUUCCUCAAGCAAAGAUGGCAAAACGCUCUGUCAAGCGUGUCAAACGCGCACCAACCCCCUCUCAAGAACCGCCCACACAGGUCCAAGCAGGCUCAAAGUUCUCCGACCUCCCCAACCAGCUACUCCUAGAGAUCUUGAGCUACCUAUUAAAUGGCGAGAUGAAGCUCUUUCGCCUUAUCAACAAGCAAAGCCGCGAAUGCGCAUCCGACAGAUUGGGCGAAUACUUCAAGGAGUACACCUGCCCGUUCGAUGAAGUCCAUCUACAAAGACUCGUCGAUGUGACUUCACAAGCCAGCUUGGCUCCUUACGUAGGCACUCCCAUCAUUGCCAGCAUCAUCCAAAACCACUUCUCUUGCGGACGUCGCGGACCCAGACACCUCCCCACUACCGAGAGAUGCUACGCCAAGCUUGGGCAGGCACUCAAAAACAUCGCAACCGUCCGAGUGGGUCUUUUCAUUGGAUUUGAGAUUCUGAUAUACCCUUACGGUUGCUGUACCCCUAUCAACAUCGAUACCAACAAUGUUCCAGACUCUCUCAAAGACAGACUUUUUCGUUACACUCUCAAGACCGGAAUGAACAUCGAUGGUGUCGUUGUCAAGUUGCCGCUUGCAGCAUCUACCUGGUAUUCUCAUCGACCCUCGAUACAAGCACAUCUGAUGCGAUUUCUCGCUCACGCGCACAUCGAUAACUUUCAAAACUCCUACAAUAUCACGAUUGAGUUCAGUAACUAUGGAAUGUCCACUCGACAGAGUUGUGUCAUCAUCGAUCACUCUCGCAAGACUCUAUGUGCCAGCAACCAGAGUGGAGAUAAUUGCGUUCUCCUGCGCCCACUCCUCCUCGAACUGCGUCUGGAUGAGCUGGCUCUCUAUGGCUGCUCGUUGACUAUGGAACAAGUGGCAAGUCUCAACGGCCAGAAGUGCCUCAAGAAAGUCGUGCUCGACAACACAUUGGCCGGCCCUAUAAACAGGUUUUCCCGAUACUUUCGCCGAGGUGAACCGUCGGCUUCCUGGUCAAUCAUGCUGGAAGAGCUUUUCAUGCAACCCGAAGAGUUGGAGACUUGCCAUCUUAUCAACUUCACACGCAGACCAGAGGAUAUUUGGCUACAGGGAAGCAGUGAGACGAUCAAGGAAGAAGUUCGAAGUUACCUUCUCGCUUCGUCCAGAUGAAUCAUACAUCGACCAUCGAUCCAAGACAGUAGACAAGACUUGUUCAAGAUUGGGCCAAAGGACGUAACACCACAGAGAUGAAGCUCGAUAGACCACCAAGGCCUUGCACAAGAUGAGGAAGAUUCACCUCCAGAAUCAAAGCGAUAUAAGGGAGCAUAAGGAAGUGUAUAAUAGAUCUGGUAGUCUCUUCCAUGCCCUACUCAAGCUUUGAUCUUAACCUCUACUGUUUGAUUCGGUACUCCAGUAUGAUAUGACGUGCGAAUGUCCGCACGACAAAGACCGACUAACUACUAUAAGUGCCAGAAGUUGCCCUCUCAACAAUAUCAAACCAUCCGUG